UGUGUGUUUACUGGUGCUAGCUUGACUUUGGAGCAACACAAGUGGGAAUUUGGGGAAUUUGUUGACUUCGUUUCAAACCACCGUGGGAGUUGUUGUUGUCACGGUUAUUUUUACGGUAACACCUCCUCUGUCAUGUCUUCUUCGUGCCCGUUAUGGCGGGAUGACAUUAGACAGAAACUCUGUGUAGAACUCUGGUUUAUCUAGAAAUUUCCUCAGCUGCUUCCUCACUUUACUACAGACAACAGUCCCGCUGUCAGGCUGGAUGGCUUUCUGUUGGCUGUUGAUCCACAUCCUCCUCUUCAGCUGCUGCUCAGCUCACAAUGACUUCUUCACCUCCAUCGGUCAGAUGACUGACCUGCUGUUCACAGAGAAGGACCUGGUCACCUCGCUGAAAGACUACAUCCGAGCAGAGGAGAGCAAACUGGAGCAGAUUAAGAAAUGGGCGGACAAACUGGACGUCCUCUCUGUAGCAGCCACCCAGGACCCCGAGGGUUUCCUGGGACACCCGGUGAACGCCUUCAAACUGAUGAAGAGGCUGAACACAGAGUGGGGGGAGCUGGAGAGCCUGGUGCUCACUGACACGGCUGAUGUGUUCAUCUCUAACCUCACCAUCCAGAGGCAGUACUUCCCCAACGAUGACGACCAGAUCGGAGCCGCCAAAGCACUGAUGAGGCUGCUGGACACCUAUCAGCUGGACACCAACACCAUCUCCACCGGGCAGCUGCCAGGCACGUCCUUGGUGGCCUCACACCGGACCACUCUGACUGUGGAUGACUGCUACGACCUCGGGAAGGUGGCAUACUCGGAGGCGGACUACUACCACACGGAGCUGUGGAUGGUUCAGGCCCUGAAGCAGCUGGACGGGGGAGAGGCGUCUGACACCGUGGACGCCGUCACCAUCCUGGACUACCUAAGCUACUCUGUCUACCAGCAGGGGGACCUGGAGGGAGCGCUGACCUACACCCAGAGGCUGCUGGAGCUCGACCCGACGCACCAGCGAGCCAACGGGAACCUGAAGUACUUUGAGUAUCAGCUGGCCAAACAGAAGAAGGUGGAGGGGACUGAGAACGAGAGUGAGGUCAGGCAGAGGAGGGAGACCCAGAGUCGACCUGCCGAUUACCUGCCAGAGAGGAAGAAGUACGAGCAGCUGUGUCGUGGCGAGGGCAUCAGGAUGAACCCUCGCAGGCAGAGCCGCCUCUUCUGCCGUUACUAUGACAACAACCGCCACCCGAAAUACGUGAUUGGUCCGGUGAAGCAGGAGGAUGAGUGGGACCGCCCCCGCAUAGUCCGAUACCACGACAUCGUGUCGGACGCUGAGAUGGAGAAGGUGAAAGAGCUGGCUAAACCCCGGCUCAGACGUGCCACGGUUCACGACCCUCAGACAGGCAAACUGACCACGGCCCACUACAGAGUCUCCAAGAGCGCUUGGCUCGGAGCGUUUGAACAUCCGGUGGUGGACAGGAUCAACCAGAGGAUCGAGGACAUCACCGGCCUGGACGUCACCACAGCAGAGGAGCUGCAGGUGGCGAACUAUGGUGUUGGAGGACAGUACGAGCCGCACUUCGACUUUGGACGGAAAGAUGAACCAGAUGCUUUUGAAGAGCUCGGGACAGGAAACAGAAUCGCCACCUGGCUGCUCUACAUGAGUGAUGUACAGGCAGGGGGCGCCACAGUCUUCACGGAAGUCGGAGCUGCUGUGUGGCCCAAAAAGGGGACGGCAGUGUUCUGGUAUAAUCUGCACCCCAGUGGAGAAGGAGACUUUCUGACCAGACACGCUGCCUGUCCUGUUCUGGUCGGAAACAAGUGGGUGUCCAAUAAAUGGAUCCAUGAACGAGGGCAGGAGUUCAGGAGGCGCUGUGGCCUCCGGGAGACUGACUGACAACCAGCCUCCUCCUCCUCCUCCUCCUCCUCCUCCUCCUCCUCCUCCCAACCCUUCAAGCUGCUGAGGCUGUGGCGGCACAUGUGAUCUGAUUUAUUUUUAUCUGAAGAGUGAGUGUGUUCAGUGUGUGUGUGUGUGUGUUACAGUGUGUGUGCUCCAUCACCUUUUUUAAAACUCCAUAAUCACAAUCUAAUAUCAGGUUUACUGACAAAACACACGACUCGGACAGAUAUCAGUCUGAUGUCACUCAGUACACCCAGCCUCUCCCAAAAUGUUACCAUGGCGACUGCUGCAGUGUCGUCACAUAGCGCCACUCCACUGUUUGACUUCCAGCUGCUUUUUUUAACUCCCUACCAUAAAUAUUUUAUGUGUUUAUUCGCACUGUUAACGCCUUCUGUCUGAUGUGUUCAUGAAGGUAAUUUAAGUCAAAACCACUCCAUCACGGGGCGCCAACUAGCUCGCCCAGUGGAGCCAGCGCCCCGUGUAUAAAGGCUGUGUCCUAGCUGCAGCGGCUGCUGGUUUGAUUCCAACUCCAGACCUUUGCUGCACGUCACCCCCUCUCUCUUCUGUCCCCGUUUCACACUACACUUUCUAAGACUUGCUGCCUUGCUAAAGGCAAAAAAGCCAAAAAAGAAAUCUUAAAAGAAAAGAAAAGAAAAGAAAAACUCCAUCACUUGCCUUUUUUUACUGAAGCAAAAGCAUUAACACCACUGUGCACAGAUUCUCUGUGGUGUGGUCAUAAAGUAAAUUAGAAUACAAACUUCUUGUCACACCAUCAUGAUCUCCUCCUCCCUCUCUGACUAGUUACACCCCUCUUUUCCACCAAUACAAUCUGUGUAUCUGUGUAUAUGUGUGUGUGUGUGUGUGUGUGUGUGUGUGUGUGUGUGUGGCUAUUUCAGCCUUGAGGUCAUUCACUGACAAACAACAGAUGACAUUUAAAGGAGGCACGCUCUGUGACCGUGUAUCCCUCCUCCUGCUCCUCGUGUUGUCUUUUAUUUGAACAGUCAAACACGUGCAGCUCUGCUGAAGGUCACACUUGAAUUUCACCCUUUAAUCUUUAAUUGUAACAGUUGUCACAUGAGGGCAGAUGUUUUUAAAACUGCUGUGUGAAACACAUACAAACAGCAGCAUCACGGAGUAAAUUAUUAAAAGCGUUUCCCACAGAAUUAGAAUCUGUUAUGGCGCUGAUUGCCGACCAUCAGCUGUUGCUGCCGUUUGAAGCAGUGCCUCCCUGAGCCACUGUCUUCGUGCUCUCUCUGCGUGGUUAGCACGAGCUAACAUGGUAAACAUGUUCUCAUAACUACUCGUCAUAUUUUGCUCUGCAGCAGCGGUUAACAUCCAGCACCAAGCAGUUAAUCUCACACCAACACCAGAAUGGUUUGAUUUUGUUGUUUAACCUGUUAAUAACCAUUGGUUAACGCUAGCAUUGUGAUGCUAACAGUUAGCCAGGUCACUGUGCCUGUGUCACAGAGCUCCAGUCCUGCAGCACUAGUGUCAUGAGUCUCACAGAGAGACGGAGGGGCUGAGCGAAUCAUUAUGCUUACGUAUUUUUUUAAUAAUCUGAGUCUGUAGAGCAACAAAAGCAGUUACAUAAAUGUAGGCAAGUAAAAAGUACAAUAUUUACCAUUGAGAUGUAGCAGAGUAGACAUAUAACGUGAAAUACAUGAAAUAUGUACAUCAGCAUAGGCAUAAAGUACAGUGCUAGAAUAAAUAAAUGUACUCAGUUACAUCCCACCAUUAGAAAACAUAAAGUGGAAUAAAUGGGAAUCAUCAUCAAUGUAAAUUCAAAUCUCACCUGGUCAUGUAUAGUUAAAGAAUAAUGUGAAUAAAUUGAAAUAGGUCUUUAAUAUGAGGCUUCAGAUUUCCUCCUGAAGACAUCAGCAUACAUGUGCACAUGUGAGUGUUGUUUUACCACAGCAGGCUUUUAAAAACGUCUCCUUUAAAUGUCCAGCUGUCCUCCAUCACUGACCUCAGAACUCUUUCACUGCUGCAGAAAUCCUGUCCGCCUAAUACACAAACAAUACUAUUAUUUUAUGCAAAGAAAUGUGAGGUGCACUCCUGUUUAUGUGUGACAGAUGAUUUUGUUACAAGAACAAAUGUAAAGAAUGUAAUGGAGUUGCUUUGUGAGAUGUAAAAUAUGUUUCUAAUCAAUGAAUAAAUAUAAAGAACUGCUGCAACAGAUAAAAAA